AUGUCGCAGUCUCCAAUGAUCUCGGUGCCUCUCAAGGCCACCAACGAGAUUGACUGGAUUGCGCCCCUCAAAGGCUAUAUCCGCGACACAUAUGGCGACGACCCAGAGCGCUACGCGGAGGAAUGUGCCACACUUAAUCGGUUGAGACAAGACGUUCGAGGCGCUGGCAACGACAGCACGUCUGGGAGAGAUAUGCUGUACCGUUACUACGGCCAGCUUGAACUUCUGGACCUGCGAUUUCCCGUCGACGAACAACAUAUUAAGAUCUCUUUUACAUGGUUUGACGCCUUUACCCACAAGUCCACAGCGCAAUACUCUCUUGCUUUUGAGAAAGCAUCCAUCAUUUUCAACAUCUCCGCUAUUCUCUCCUGCCAUGCCGCCAUGCAAGACCGAGCCGAGGAGUCCGGCCUCAAAAUGGCCUACCGUAACUUUCAGGCCUCCGCCGGCAUGUUCACUUACAUCAAUGAGAACUUCCUGCACGCGCCUUCGUCCGACCUUAGCAGAGAAACUGUCAAGACCCUUAUUCACAUUAUGCUUGCCCAAGCACAGGAGAUUUUUCUCGAGAAGCAGAUCGCAGACAAGAAAAAGAUUGGUUUGCUCGCCAAACUUUCUGCCCAGGCUGGAUAUUUGUAUGGCCAGGCUCUUGAGGGAGUACAAGAAAAUGUGAACAAGGCUAUUUUCGAAAAAGUGUGGUUGUUGGUGGUUCAGGUCAAAACUAACCUCUUGAACUCCAUGGCGCAAUAUUAUCAAGCCAUGGCAGACGAUGAGGCCGGCCAGCAUGGUGUCGCUGUCGGACGAUUGCAGGUUGCCGAGUCUCAAGCAAAAGAGGCUGAAAGAGUUGCAAGGAACUUCCCCAGCUCUACGCCCUUGAGUUCUAACCUUAGUGCUGAGUGCGGCGGUGUGCUUCAAGAAGUAACCAAGCGACACCACUCAACCGUACAGAACCAGUUGCAGAGCCUUUUGAGAGACAACGACUAUAUCUAUCACCAAGAAGUACCCGCUGAAGCGAGCCUCGAAGCCGUUGCCAAGCUGCCAGCUGCCAAGCCCAUCCCCGUUAGCGAAUUGUAUGCUGGCCAAGACAUCCAGCACAUCACCGGCCCCGAUCUCUUCUCAAAGAUCGUCCCAUUUGCCGUGACGGAAUCUGCGAGUCUGUAUGAUGAGGAGAAGGCGAAGUUGGUGAGAGCCGAGACGGAACGAGUGGAUACAGCCAACGGCGAGAUGGCUGCCAGUCUGGAUUAUCUAAGGCUCCCUGGCGCAUUGCAGGUGCUGAAGGGCGGCUUCGAUCAAGACAUUUUGCCCGACGAAGAUUUCCGGCAAUGGUGCGAAGAUGUUUCAGACCAUGAGAACCCGGUGGCUAUUUUUGGGUCCCUCAAGACGGAGAAGGAGUCUAUCAUCUCGAUUCUGGAAAAGAGUACUAAGCAGCUGGAUAUGGAGGAGGGUGUGUGCGAGAAGAUGCGGUCCAAAUAUGAGACCGAGUGGACACAGCAGCCUAGUUCGAGGUUGACGACAACACUCCGAAGCGACAUCCGCAACUAUCGCGAAGCCCUCGACGAAGCCAUGAGAAGCGACAACCAAUUGGCAGGCAAGCUGCGGCAAAACGAGAUGGACUUUGAUGAGAUGAGGCGGGCUGCCCAGACGGGUGAGGUUGACCGACUAUUCCAGCAAGCUGUUGCAGAGGCACGGGCGCGGUCAAGCAACGCAACUAGCCCGGCUGGCGGUGAGCCCAACCUGUUGGAUGACGAUUUCGAUGAGGGACCCAGCGUGAUGGAUCAGAUCAACAAGGUCGAGGAUAUCUUGAAGAAGCUCAAUCUUAUCAAGCGGGAGCGAAACCAGGUGCUGAAGGACUUGAAGGACAAGGCUCACAACGACGACAUCUCCCAAAUUCUCAUCCUCAACAAGAAGUCGAUAGCAAACUACGAGACGCAACUGUUUGAACAGGAAUUGGAAAAGUUCAGACCUCACCAGAACCGACUGAUACAAGCAAACCACAAGCAGUCGGCCUUGAUGAAGGAGCUUACAAGCACCUUCAACAAGCUUCUGCAGGACAAGCGGGUACAGUCGGAGCAGAACAAGUACGAGACAAUUCAGCGACAGCGAUCGUCGGUCAUCAACCGGUAUAAGCGGGCAUACCAGGAGUUCCUGGACCUGGUUGCAGGACUGCAGAGCGCCAAGAACUGGUACUCGGAGAUGCGUGAGACGGUGGAGAGCCUGGAAAAGAACGUCGAAACGUUUGUCAACAACCGGAGAUCGGAGGGCGCACAACUCCUCAACCAGAUCGAACAGGAUCGGUCGACGAGCAAGAACUCGCAUGCCGAGAUGGAGCGGGAGAGGCUUCGAGAGCUCAUGGACCGAAUGUCGAUGGACCCGAGCAAGUCGGCAUCACCUCAACCUCAAGCCACGAACCGACCUACACCAGCGCCCGUAUUCCAACAGGGACAGGGUCCUCGAUACACGCAGUCGAGCUUCACAGGACAGUAUCAGGUGCCCAGCUCGCCGCCGCCAAACCAGCAAACAAUGCCAGGGCAGCAAGGAUACCAGAACUUCAGCGGUGCACCCACAACGCAGUCGUUUGGACCAGCUCCCAUCAAUACGUUUGUGCAGCCCACGUACAACCCAAGCCAGUACGCGACAUCUCCGCCACCGAACCAGACGUCGUUUGCGAUGGGUGGUUAUCGAGGUGCGGCGUCACCACCUCCCAACCAGACAACGUUUGGACACCAGGCGCAUCAAUCAUUCGGCGGAUACGGAGCAUCGGCGGCACCUCAACAGACGCAGGGAGGAUACGUGCCUCCAGGAUUCGUGCCGCCACCUCCUCCCCCAGGUCCGCCUCCGUUGGGACCCCAGCAGACGUUCCAUUAUGGAAGCCAAGAGUUUCCAAACAGCGCGCAUCCUACUAGCGCGGCGCCCCAGUCAGCAGCGCAACAGCAGCCUCAUGAUCCAUGGGCGGGCUUGAACGCAUGGAAGUAA